AUUAUUUUUUGCUGGAUUUUUUUAUUUAACUGACGCUGGCAAAGUUGAUGGCGUUUCCCCAAAACUUUUACAUAUGAAUGAAACUGACCGAAGUUGAAGGAGAUUAUUCAUCUUUUUUUUUUCCAAUAGUCUUAUUUUUAUAUUUUUCAUAAGAAUGUUUCCAACUUUUUCUGACAAAAUGUUUGUACAUCAAAGAUGUAUGUGGUCCGCAUCAGAAGCCUGACAAGUGACUCCUGAUUCUUUUGAGCAUAGUUACAGCUGACCAAACUUCAGAGGAUUUUCUUGUCUUUCUUUUUUUUUUUUUGCUGUCUUAAAAGACGACAGUUUACAGCGCAUUCAUGAGACUCAUUGCCGCUCAAACUUUGCUGCUGCUUUCCCCCUGUGUGGAUCGGUACCAGAGGAGCCGGAGUUGACCGCAUCCCUUCUGGAGGACGAGAGACGCAGCUGCUUCAAGAUGAAGUGUCAAAGAGUCCUAACUUACCUGAGGAUAUUCGGGACCACCAUGUUCGGCGUGUCCCUCCUGGUGGGCAUCUCCACUGCUUACAUCAUGGGUUAUCAGUUCUUCACCACAGCCCACAAUCACCUAUCCUUCGGCUUGUACGGUGCCAUCCUGGUCGUCCACCUCACCAUCCAGAGCCUCUUUGCACUCCUGGAACACCGGAACAUGCGGCGCUCUUUGGAGACGCCAAUCAAACUGAAUAAAUCUUUGGCGCUGUGUAUUGCAGCAUAUCAAGAAGACCCAAACUACCUGAGGAAAUGCCUGGUGUCGGUGAAGAGGCUGACAUAUCCGGGGAUCAAAGUGAUCAUGGUGAUUGACGGGAACUCGGAGGAUGACUCAUACAUGAUGGAUAUUUUUAAAGAGAUCAUGGGAUGGGAAAAAUCCGCCACGUAUGUGUGGCGGAGUAAUUAUCACAACAGAGGCCCCGAGGAGACGGAUGAAAGUUACGCUGACAGCCUUCAGCAAGUCUCGAGGCUUGUGCUCAGCAACAAGUGUGUGUGCAUCAUGCAAAAGUGGGGAGGAAAGAGAGAGGUCAUGUAUACGGCCUUCAAAGCGCUGGGGAGGAGUGUGGACUAUGUACAGGUUUGUGACUCUGACACCAUGCUGGACCCCGCAUCAUCAGUGGAGAUGGUGAAGGUUUUAGAGGAAGACCCUAUGGUAGGAGGUGUUGGAGGAGAUGUACAGAUUUUGAAUAAAUAUGAGUCAUGGAUCUCCUUUCUGAGCAGCGUUCGAUACUGGAUGGCCUUCAACAUUGAACGAGCUUGCCAGUCUUACUUCGGCUGUGUUCAGUGCAUCAGUGGACCUUUAGGAAUGUACCGAAACGCCCUCUUGCAUGAGUUUGUCGAGGACUGGUACAAUCAGACCUUCAUGGGAUCCCACUGCAGCUUUGGGGAUGACCGUCAUCUCACAAACAGGGUUCUCAGCCUUGGCUAUGCAACCAAAUACACUGCACGAUCAAAGUGCCUUACAGAGACACCAAUCACAUAUCUGCGUUGGCUCAAUCAGCAGACUCGAUGGAGCAAGUCAUAUUUCAGAGAAUGGCUUUACAACUCCAUGUGGUUCCACAAGCAUCAUCUAUGGAUGACCUAUGAAGCUGUGAUCACUGGCUUCUUCCCGUUUUUCCUCAUUGCCACUGCAAUCCAACUCUUCUAUCAAGGAAGGCUCUGGAAUAUUCUUCUAUUUCUACUCAUUGUGCAAGCAGUGGCACUGAUCAAGUCAUCGUUUGCCAGCUGCCUCAGAGGCAACAUUGUCAUGGUGUUCAUGUCUUUCUAUUCAGUACUGUAUAUGUCAAGCCUGUUACCAGCAAAAAUGUUUGCAAUAGCAACUAUCAACAAGUCAGGGUGGGGGACCUCUGGGAGGAAAACUGUUGUGGUGAACUUCAUUGGUUUGAUUCCAAUAUCCGUAUGGUUUACCAUCCUCUUCAUUGGGAUUAUAUACACGGUAAUCCAACAGACAAGAAGGCCGUUUCCUGAAUCUGAAAAACUUAUUCUGAUCAUUGGUGCAGUGGUCUAUGCCAGUUAUUGGGUUAUGCUGUUAUCACUGUAUGCCACACUCAUAAACAAAUGUGGGAAGAGAAAAAAGGAAACGCAUUAUGAUAUGGUACUAGAUGUAUGACCUAAAUACCACAAGUGACUUAUUUGGGUUUUUCUACAGUAUUGUUUACAAAUGUUUUUCAGAUGUAGAAGAACUCUGAAGGCAAAAAUUGGUUGAGUUCAACCACAUUGGGCAAAUAAACGGCACUGGCCGUGACCAUAUUAUUCAUGAUCUUGGUUUAAUAGCAUCCUGGUUAAUUAACGUACCCAGAUUACUUCAAUCUAGUAUGUGGAUUUAAAAAUUAACAAAUGCAGGCUACCUAGGCAACUUUAAUUACACGUAAAAGCAAGAUAAUGUGUAGUCCAGUUGGUAGAAAGAGUACUAGUCUUUAUUGUUAGCUACCUCCUACCUUUGUCAUAUUCACUGGGCGUAAUUUAAACACCUACAAUUUAGCCAGAGAAACUGCAGAUGUUUGGCAUCCUUCAUUAGGGUUUAACUUGACUGGUAAGAAUAUCUUACCUCCAGUGCAUUAUUGUGUCUCUAACAAAACGUUUGUAUUUCCUUAUCAAACGUUAUCCAUGCAUUUCCCCCACUAAAUGAAAACCCAGAGACAGUUUGUCUCCUCUUGCAUGAGGAGAGUUUUGAUGGUUACAUAGGUAGCAGUAAAUGUGUCUUAGAUAAAGCAGCACAUAGGAAAUUUUUCGAUUUUCAACUGAGUCGGUCCACCUCUCUGUGUCGAGAUUAAGUUGUUUUCAUGGCACUGUCCAGAGAUGGGUUUCCAUUAACCGUGUGUCCAGGAUAGAACUAGGAGGCUGGAUUUGUAACAAGGCCAGUCUCCGCAGUGUCAGCCGUUGUGUUUACUUUACAGUGACGAUAUUGGUAGGAGCCACUGACUUGGCAAGCUACCAUAAAACUUGGUGGUAGUUCACCACCUUUGCUGUUUGCCGACAGCCAAUAACUAAAGAAGAUAUUCUCAAAGAAGAAAGGAAAAAAGACAGACAAACUAGAAUGAAAAGACCAGCAUUGAAAGAGGUGAGACAGCCACUGCUUUUGCACACACUGUGCUGGUUGUGAUAAAUGUGAAGAGAGGUCUCGAAUUCAAAAGGAAACAACAGUGUUACUGGAGUUUCUGUAAGAUAUGCUAAAGUCUGUAGCAUAUCCAAACAGUGCUUCCAAACAUUGGAACAUACCCAAACUGAGCCCCAAUCUGACACCCCAGCCAGCAAUCUUUCAGGGCCACACUGAAGUACCUAAUCCAAGGCAGGGACUCAUUUUGGCUCUGUGUAAAUAUAAAUCCAGAAAAUUCUCUUUGAAACUGUUCCUGAUAAUAGACACAUUACAUAUUUUAGAUGUCAUAAAACUACCCUGGACAUGGAUUAAUGGAAACCCAGCUCAAGAUGUCUUGUUUGCUUUCUUGCUCAGUUGCAAUCUCAUUUUCUCUUUACUUAAUACUUUCUUGAGUCUCUUAAUCUGGAGACUCGUCAUGGCAGAGAGCCAUGAUGUCUACUGUAGCUCUGUGAGCUACUUUUUAUUUUUCUUAUAUAUGACAUAGUGCUGUAAAGUAUUAUGCAUUAGUCGCAAAAGAUGAGCGGGAUAGGAAUCCAUAGUUACUUUGGCUGGUUGUUGCCAAUGGUACGGACGAGAAACUGCGAGAACUAGACAACGCUUCCUAGAAAUAAGCCAGAACUCCUUGGUGCUGCUUUAAGCACACACAUUGCUCCUUAGAAAUAAGUGUGGCUGUCAUUUAAACAUUGUGCUUAUGAAAAAUACCAUCUUUUAAGGGUGAGAGGCUGUUUGGAGGGUAUUCCAUACUGAAAGGCAUCAGCCAACCUGGAACGUGGAACCCAGAACUCUCUUGUGUUGAUGCCAGAAGUGCCACUUAUGCCACUAUGCUGCAGGAAGAAUAGAAAGUAAGGAUCAUACGGUGGCUUAUGAGACACUGUCUAAUCCGGCAGCAAAAUGCUCAUCUGGAACUGGCAAGAGAAUCAGAUAACCUAACUUUCUUGGUUUUGUCAUGGUAGGUUGGAAUGUACUCUGUAGAGAGAUAUUUAAUUGAUUCAUGGCAGUCACUGCUAAACUUCCUCUGCCAUUCACAGAUGUUUGCUAAAAAGUUGUGAAUUCAAAUAUAUCACUGACAAUUUACACAAAUGUUUUGAAUGUGAAACAAUGCGUUUAAUGGUGACAAAUGGUGGUAAUUCCCAUAUGACAUGACAUGACUGCAAUAUGUACACAAAGUUUACAAAGCGUAGAAUCUCAAACUGAUCAAUGAUUGUUAGAUAUAAUCUUCACCUGAUCAGGUGAACAUGUGACCACAAGCGAGCGACUGUAUCAUUGCUGCUUUGACUUUUGCAGAAACAAUGACUUUUGUUUAUGUCGUUCUUUAUAUAUUAAUUAUGGAUGUAGGAUUUUUUUUUUUAAGAUUCUUUUAAAAGAGUCUUUUAAACACUCAUAUUUGUAAUGAUUUUCUUUAUACCCAGUUGACUGGUAGAUACCAAGCAUACAAGGUGGAUAUGUUCCAAUCCAAAGACGUGAAGUUCUUCUUUCCAUAUGCCCUUGCUCUCCAUCCUUCACAUACUGUAUUAGGUGAAAUGUGGCUGCAUCUUUAUGCUUCUCUGUACUGUUAAGUGACCUACAAGAGGAAAGAAGAAAUAAGAGAAUAAAAUGUUAGUUUGAUGCGGAACCUGAUAAUAGGAAUGUGAAUAAGGGCACGUGAUGGAAGGGAAGAGCAUUUUGGGAUGAAACUACUCCAGUGUUUGCCACAGACCAGGAGCAGACAUGAGUUUAAAUCUGACGCACUUUUAUGUUUCUCCUGUCCUCAGCAUGAUGCUUGACGUAAUCAAGAUGAAAUACCUCAGUGGUUCUCUUUGCAUUGCAUCAAGGAUGUCAGGAUCCUUUCCAAAGACUGAAGCAUGGUCUCAAGUAAUUUAUGGUUUGUUUGUGAUAUUAAAUAUGAAAUUGUCUGGUUUUUUAUGAGCAGUUUUUAAGUCAAAGCUGGAUUCUCUUCUGCCUCGUUGGCUCUUUGCUGUAGCUGUUUAUGCAUUUCUACUUUGAACUUCAGUGCAUUAUAUAUAUGU